GCGGGCGGAGGGCGCGCACGCACCAUGGUGGAGUACCGGAUCCGUCCCUACCGCGAGGAGGACUACGAGGCGGUGCGCGAGGUCUUCGCCGCCGGCAUGAGCGAGCACGCGCCGGCGCUGUGCCUGCACGUGCUGCGGCAGCCCUGGGCGCUGCUGGCGCUGGGCUGCACCUUCUGCCUGCUGCUGGCCAGCGCCCGCUCCCUGCUGCUGCCCGUCCUGGCCCUCACCCUGCUGCUGGCGCUGGCCCGGCACCUCCUGGGCUGCGCCUGGAGCACCUACAUCGACCGCUGCCUCGGGGACGACCUGCGGGACAUCGCGGCUGCCUACGCCGAGAGCGCCGGGGCCCGCUUCUGGGUGGCGGAGGCGGACGAGCGGGUGGUGGGCACGGUGGGGGCGCGGCCGGCCGACGACGGCGCCGACGGGGAGCUGGCCUUGAAGAGGAUGUCGGUGCGGAAGGAUUACCGGGGCCUGGGCAUCGCCACGGCGCUGGGCCGCACCGUGCUGGCCUUCGCGCGGCAGCGCGGCUGCCGGGCCGUGGUGCUCAACACGCUGAUGCUGCAGCACGAGGCUCACGCCCUCUACGAGCACCUGGGCUUCCGCCGGCACCGCCGCUACGUCCUGCCCACCGUCUACGGCCGCCUGGCCAACUGCACCAUCACCACCUACCGCUACGACCUGUCCGGCGCGCCCUGA